GAACAUAGCGAACAAACAUCGAGUACAGUCGGCUAGGUAAUCUGGUGGUACGACGACAUGGCGGCCACCAGCAGCAAGUCGUCGUCGUCCUCGAGCUCGGCGCAGCGGGCAGCUGCCGCACUGCUCGUGGCCGCCGCCGUGGCGGUGUCCGUCCUGGUGGUGGGCGCGGCGGCGGUGUGCGACAUGAGCAACGAGCAGUUCAUGUCGUGCCAGCCCGCGGCGGCCAAGACGACGGACCCGCCGGCCGCGCCGUCGCAGGCGUGCUGCGACGCGCUGGCGGGGGCGGACCUCAAGUGCCUGUGCGGCUACAAGAACUCGCCGUGGAUGGGCGUCUACAACAUCGACCCCAAGCGCGCCAUGGAGCUUCCGGCCAAGUGCGGCCUCGCCACGCCGCCCGACUGCUAGCAGUGUGCUAGCCAAGCCAAGCCAAGCAGGAAGGCCCCCGGCAUUGCUAGCUGUACGUGUCUGUGUGUGCAUCUGCAGCAGGGUGCAGGCAGGGGCCCGUACGUACGUGUCUCUUUCUCUCUCUCAUCUUGUCACCGUACCUAUCUAGAGUGUGUGUGUUCGUACUAAUUAAAAUGUUCUUGUCGUCGUCGUCUGUGCAUGCAUGUACCAUGUCGUCGUGCAUGUCUAUUAUGUGUGUGUCGUCGUGUCGAUCGGUACGUAUAGAUGCCUGUUGUUAGCAUGUGUGUCAUUACCUAGUCGUGUGUAGUGUAUGUAUGUGCUUGCCGGGCAAAAGUUGCAUCUAGCUAAACAGUAGUAUUACUUUUGUUUGUCUUC